CUGAAGAAUAUUUUCCAAUUGAUUCAAAUAGGUUUGUUUUUUUUUUUUUAAAUUAAAAUUAAUUGAAAUUUUUAUUUUUACAAAAUUAAUUAUUUGUUAGGAUUCGUUUAGUAUCUUAUAAUAUAUUAGCUAAUGGAUAUGCAUCAUCAACAGAUGCUCAACAAACAAUUUAUCCAUAUUGUCCACAAGAUUUUCUUGAACAUGAUUAUAGAAAACCACUUUUAUUAAAAGAAAUUUUAGGUUAUUAUGCUGAUAUAAUAUCAUUACAAGAAUGUGAUAUUGCUUUUUAUCAACGUGAACUUUCAUUUAUAUUAAAACAACAUGGUUAUUUAUCUGAUAUGAAAAUAAAAAGUGAUGCUGUACGUGAAGGUGAAGCUAUUUUUUAUAGAACAGAUCGAUUUAUUGCUAUUGGAAGUCAUAAUAUAAAAAUAGGUGAAUAUUUACGUGAUGCCGAACAUUUGGAAUAUAUUCGUCGUCGUUGUUCAUUAGUAUCAGAAAUAAAUACUAAUUUAUUAGAACGAAAUACUGCAUUACAAAUAUUAGCAUUACAAUUACAAGGACAAUCAAAUGAAAUAUUUCUAAUAUGUAAUACACAUUUAUAUUUUCAUCCAAAAGCUGAUAUAGUUCGAUGUUUACAAGCUAUGAUUGCAUUUGAACAUAUCAAAGAAGUCAAACAACUUUAUGAAGAACAAAAUAAAAAUGUAUCUAUAAUAUGGAGUGGAGAUUUUAAUGCUAAUGUAACAUCAUUAGCAUAUCAUCUUCUAUUUACUGGCGUUUUAUUAACUGAUAUAAAUCAUCGAUCAUACAAUGAAGAUUAUGCUACAAUAAUAAAAGAUUUUGAUUAUAAAAGUCCAACAGAAUUAAGUACAUAUUCGAAUUAUGCAUAUACUAAUUAUAUGUUGAAUUAUCAUGGUGUUAUUGAUCAUAUUUUUUAUGAUGCAAAAAAAUUCAAGUUUCAACGUUGUAUACCAAUGCCAACUCAUGAAGAAGUUACAGAAUUUACUGCUUUACCAUCAUGUAAAAUUCCAAGUGAUCAUUUGGCUGUUGUUGUUGAACUUGAAAUCAUUAAAUGA